AUGGCCGCCUCAGCUCUAACUUCUGACAAGACAACAACUACAUCAGUAAAGCUGCGUAGCUAUGUAAUAUGCCGAAGUCGAAAAGUUCGUUGUGAUAAGUUGGCGCCGUGUUCUAAUUGCCGAAGAGCAAAUAUUCCAUGCGUACUUCCCUCAACUGAUCGACCUCCUCGAUGGGCUCGUCGGCUCGAGCGUGCUGGUAACUCGGCAGCAGAGCCAAAAGGUGCAAAACCUAGACAAGAAGUCAGUUCCAAGGGAGAUCCGAUUAUUGAGAGACUUCAUAAUCUUGAAAAUUUAGUGAAGGAACUCAGACGCCAAUUGGAGCACGCCAAUGCUACAACAGGACAUCUCAAUGGUGAUGGGUUGCCCGGGCUUGGUGAUUCUGAUAGUUUACAUCUUGGUCUAAAUCAUGAUCUAAACAGCUUCAAAGAUAACGUCUCUGUUGAACAUACUUCUCUCGUCCAGAAGAAAUUCGGUAGGCUAGUCCUAAAGGAUGUCAACCGGAGUCGUUACAUAAUUAGUGGUUUCUGGGCCCGAAUGAAUGAUGAGAUUGAGGGAUUACAAAUGGAGACUCGAGGUGCUAUAGACGCUGGUUCUGAUAUAUCUUCUAACGAUGAGGAUGUACCCGAGAGGACGGUGUCCACAUUGGAGCACGAGCGAACACCAUCGGAGCGGCAUGGUUUCUUAUUCAAGCACAAUCUAAAUCUCUCUGAUUCCGACCUUUCUAAGUUGCGUCCAUUGCCGUCACAGAUACCUUUUCUGCUAGAUGUAUAUUGUGAAAACAUCCAUGUAUUCAUGCGAAUUGUAGACAUUACAGUCAUCAACGACAUGAUCCGUGACUUACGUGGGAAUAAGGAUAAGAAGCUUACGCCAGCAAAUGAAGCUCUAAUGUUUUCCAUCUAUUAUGCUACAGUAACCUCGAUGGAAGAAGAUGAGAUCAUAAGCAACUUCGGUUGCACAAAGUCGGAGUUGAGUUUCAAAUAUCGACUGGGUUUGGAAAUUUCGCUUGCAGAAGCUAAUUUUCUUAGUGAGCCUGAUAUAACCCUGGUCAAAGCCCUGCUCAUCUUUCUGUUUCUGGUUCGGCGUCACGAGAGUCCUAGUUUCGUCUGGAUGAUGACUGGUCUGGUUAUAAGGAUGGCUCAAGCUCUAGGUCUUCACCGGGAUGGCUCUCACUUUCCUAACCUUACUCCCUAUGAGGUUGAAACUCGUAGGAGAGUAUGGUGGACGGUGUGCUUGCUAGAUUUUCGAGCAUCCGAGGACCAAGGUACGGAAUUGAGUACCACUGGUAAUAGCGUCGACACAAAGUUUCCGCUCAAUAUUAAUGAUGCCGAUCUCAAUUCUCAUACAAAGGAUAUGCCACCAGCGCGUUCAUGUGUAACCGAUAUGACCCUUACGGUUGUUUCGGCCGAAAUGUGUGAUGUUAUGAGAACGUUGAUGGCUUCAAGUAUCGGAGAAAGUCCGUCAAGUCCGGAAAUUCAAAGCCAAUUGUUACAUGAACUUUACGGGACAGUCGACAAGCACUUCCUUCAGUUGAACAUGGGGAGUAAUUCCAUUGCAUCCUGGUGUCUAUCAACUUUAACACGCAUGGUUGUGUCCAAAAUGUAUCUUAUUCUUAACCUCCCAGUACUCUUCUCCUCUCCCAGCGAAAACCACUCGGAGAAGGUUCGAACCAAACUUCUAAUAUCUGCUAUUGAGGUAGCCGAGUAUAAUCAUGCCCUUAACUCAGAGAAGGAUUGUCAACAUUGGAAUUGGCUUUUUCAGACUUGUACGCAUUGGCACGCAAUCGUAUACCUCUUGAUAGAAACCUCUCGACGUCAAUGGUCUGCCAUUAUCGAACGAGCUUGGGUCGCUCUCCAUAGCAAAUGGUUAAUUCCUCGGCAAUUAACUAACACCUCGGAAAGAGACGAGAACUCGCGCAUCUGGGUCCCGCUACGGAAACUGAUGGCUAAGACGCGUAAACAUCGUGUAGCUGAGCUACAACGUCUGCGAGAGAAUCCAUGGUCAGUAAUUGAACUAGAGAGAGAAGGUGAAAAUAUACCGCUUCCGGCCAGUCCAGUAUCAUCUUACGAUGGAAAGUCCGAUAAUUCCUUUCGCGAGCGCUGGCGUAAACUGGUUGCAAUCCCUCUAGAACUCGAGGAUCAAAGACGGCAUGCUGGGAUGUACAUCCCAGAAUCAACUGCUAGCAACCCACCCCCAACCCAGCGGAGCCUUGAUCCCAAAUCAGUGUAUAAACAUAGCGACUUAUACUCAAAUCCAGACAUUGAUCAUAACAACUUUUCCGGGCAAGAAUCAUCAAAUAUGAAUGACCAGCCAGUGUGUCCUCAAAUUCAAACAGGACUAGAACAACCUUCUUACCUAUCACUUGAAGCCGUUGAUGACGUCCCAAAUGGCUGGUAUGAUCAAAGUCCAAAUUUAAAUCUAAAGAAUAUGUCACCUCCAUGGAGCGACAUUACCUCAGCCGGUAUGUUUGCAGAUAUAGAUGUGAACAUGAAUCUCGACAUGGACGUAAAUUGGUAUGAAUGGAUUGAAUCGGCUCAAGUCAUGGAUCUCCCACUUUAA